GCUUCCCAACUUACAGCAGCAGCCGCUACGAUGAUACAAGCGACGAAAGCCAACGUGCUGACAGGUUUUCACCUGACCAGCCUCUCCGUGCGCCAGAUGGAGCUCGACUACUUCGUCUCGGUCUUCCAGGCGCUCACCGGCAUCUCUUCUCUGCUGGCGGGCUUUGCAUCGGCCGGCAUUCUGCUGGGUGUCCCUGCGCAAAACAACCCGUUCCUCAAACUGGGCUUCGUCACCUCGACGGGCGCCGCGCUUGGCUUCAAUCUGCUGGUGGUGCUGAUCGGCAGCUUGGUGGUCAUGUGGGGACCUGGGCGGGCGUUGCGGGGCGAGGGCGUGGAGUCCGUCUCGUUUGCUGUCGAGUUCAUGGAGGUGACCUCCGAGACGUGCCUCAUCUAUUUCGUGCUGGGCCUGGGAUGCUACUUCGCGUCGAGCGUGUUUGCGGCGUGGAUCUUGUUCAAGGUGCAGAGCUCCAUUUUCAUCUCGGUCUUCUUCCUGGUGGCGGCGUUCGUGCUCAUCCAGCAGGUGGGUCAGCUGUACCUGGAGCUCAAGCCGCCCAUCGUGAUAUCUGGGAGAAUUCGUGGCAAUCCUCUACGCGUCCCAGUUGACAGCACCAGCAGUGGUGGCACAUACGCCACCGGCAGCGAACAGCGGUGACUGAUGGCCUGGGUGACGCCUUUCUGCGGCAAAGAGAGCCUAGAUCUGACUGACUGACGGCGGCACGGCUGGCUGGAGCAGACAAGGCAUAGAUAGGCUUUUUGCGUGCGUUAUUGAUGGCUCGACUGACUGACUGGCUGCGAGUGUUGCAUGUCCCUGUUGUCUGCAUGAUCCUUUUCAUUCGUGCGCACGACCAUCGACGGGCACAUAGGCGCGCGCGCGCCGGGUGCGGUCGAUCGCACCGGCGUCACGUGGUUUUGGUGCUCGUCGCUGAUCGUGUGGCCGGAUGAAGACAGACAGCUAGAGGGACUCGAUCACGGCGACGGGACAGUGACGAUCGAUGACUGUGUGUGCAACAUCGAUAUGUAUGUGUACUGUGAGACACAGAAAGAGUGAAGCAAUCGGUACGUAUGUGUGUGAGUGAGUGAGUGAGUGAGAGAG